GCUCACUCGGAGCAACGGACGGGAAAUCUGCAAUUUGUCAUCUAGUUCUGUUUAGUUACUAAAAAUCAUACCGGCUCUGUUUUUAGCACCUUACUUCAACAGGCUUUCCUCUCACAAGUCGGUCCACACGCAUUGCACUCUGAGGAUGGUACCCAAGAGAAUCUGGAUAUCGUACAACAAGAAGCUCAGUAGCGUUCCAACACAAGAGCUCGAGUUCGUCGAUGACCUCGCCAAGGCGGCCAGAAACGAAUUCUUGCCUUAUCUGCGUCACGUCGCCACGUCGGAUAUCACCCUGCAUGUUGAUGAGCAUGCAGAGGCACUGGCUACAGUUUCAGCCCUGGCAGAAAUCGUGGCACCACUAUCCCCUUGCGGCAUCUCAAACACUCCUCUUAUAGUGAAAGGUGAGAAGCUCCACUCCAUCCGUGUCCAAGCUCUUAUGCCAGCAAUGCCAAGUUAA